UCGAGAAGUACAAUGCCUUCUCUACCUGUCAUGUUCAUACUUGGAGCAGUGAUUCUGGUUUUGAUGAUAGCAGGAUUGCUGCAAACAAGAAGGAGGGUGUUCUUCGAAGGCCGAGAACUCAAUUGUCAUGCGAUCGACAUGCGUAUUGUACUUGUUCAAAACGGACAUACAUAUGCGAAUGCUACUGCUCUUCCUGAUGUUCAUAGAACCUGCAACGUGUCUUCGUCACACUAUUGCACUGGUUGCGGCUGGACAAUGGAUGAAGAAUAUCGACAGAACAUACAGAACAGAGAGAAUCCUAUCCGUUUGAGCAACACUGUAGAGCUGAUAGAAAUUAUUCAAGAUGAGUAGAAAUACAUACUGAUUUGGGAUUACAAUAGCGACAUUUGCUUAUUAAUACACAAUAUAACACUGAACAGUGCUUUCAAUUUUGACACUGCACAUUUCUUAUUCUAAUUUUGUAUGCAUGUUUCGUAAAUGCGGUGUUUUUCUUUUGUUUCGA